CGCAAGUCGAAUAAGGGUUCGGUUUUUGUGAAAGCUGGAAUUGCAGAAGUAAGGGUUGGUCGUCCGUGUUGUGUGAUCAUGUUGUGUCGGUCGGCAUCACCAUCUCCAUCCAAAACAGAGCACGAGCAAUGAAUAGCUCCGUUGCGGGGGUCGAGGGCUAGGUCAUGGAUUCGACGACAUCACGAUUCCGUUGCAUCUCUUCCAAUGGAGGGUUGCGUGGAAUUUUGAGUGCGCGGUGUGUCCAACCGGGACCCUGAUUGUGACCAAUUUCGGAGGCGAUUUGUCGCCACUUUGCAGGGAUUAAAAUUAGUUUAGUCUCAUUCCUUGCUUCACUGGAAAUUGUAGUUUCGGUGCACAAAGUUUGAAGGGAUUCGAGGAAGAGGUUUUUGAGGUUGGUGGUGAAGCGGAGGCUUCCUGCGAGAGACUAGAAGGGCUCUAUGUAGGCAUGGAGGGGUUGGGCAGAGCGGGCAAGUUUUGAGCUGUCAAAAUGGCGGACGAAAAGGCGACUCGCCUCUGGGUGGGUGACCAGUUGAUGAAUUUGCUUGGAUACAACACCCCUACAACUGUCUCGUUCGUCAUUGGAAUUGCUAAAAAGGCAAAGACUUCUAGAGAUUUAAUUUCGGAAUUGCAGAGUUUCGAUUUUCCGGCUUCUCAAGAUACAGAGAGAUUUGUUCAGGAGCUGCAGAGUCGCUUACCUCGGAAGAAUUCUGGCUUGACUGCAUAUCAGAAGGCAGAAAAAGAGUCUGCUCUCUUUGUAAGAAAACAGCAGCAGUAUCAACUUUUGGAUGCCGACGACGACGAAGAGGAAGAGACAGCGAGAGCACCGGCAGAAGUAACGCAGAAGGAGGAGCGGAAACGUAAAAAACACCUUCGUAGGAAACGCGAUGAGGAUGUGGACGAGGAUGAGGAAGUUGUGUUUACAAAGAGAAGGGGAACACGUGCCGCACCAGAUUCGGAUGACGAUGAAGAGGUGCAAAGGGAAAGAGCCAGAGAGCAGGAUCAGCGGGAAAAAGAGGAGCUGGAAGAACGUCUACGGGAGAAGGAUGCUGCUUCGACCAGGAAGGUGGGCGAAUUCAAGCUUUCAAAGAAACAAGAAGAGGAAGCGAGAAGGAGAAGUGAAGCUCAGGAGCGGAAGGAGCUUCUUCCUAGUCUAAGGGAAGUUUCAAGAGAAGAGUAUCUAAAGAAAAGAGAAGAGAAGAAACUGAAGGAAUUGGAGGAUGAGUUGAUUGAUGAAGAAUUUUUGUUCGGAGGCAUGAAGUUGACAGCCAAAGAGCAGGCAGAGUAUAGGUACAAGAAGCAAGUCUACGAGUUAGCAAAACAGCGUGCACAAGACGUUGAUAAUAUUGUUGGGUAUCACAUGCCUGAAGCGUAUGAUAAGGCAGAUAGAGUUACGCAAGACAAACGAUUCGCCGUUGCUCUGGAACGCUACAGGGAUGUUGAGGGGGAAGAACGUGCAAAUAAUAUGGCCGAACAAGAAGCUUGGGAGAAACAUCAAAUAGGUAAAGCUACUUUGAAGUUUGGAGCAGCUGACAAGAAAAAGGAUGAUGACUAUGAAUACGUGUUUGAAGAUCAAAUUGAUUUUAUUCAAGCCGCCACUAUUGCUGGAGAUGAGGUUGACGAGGAUGCAGAAUUCGAGAAGAAAGCUAGAAUGUCAGCUGCAAUAACUGCUCAUCAGAAGAUUCUGGAGGACCGGAAAUGUUUGCCCAUAUUUGCUUACCGAGAGCAACUGCUUGAUGCAAUUAGGGAUCACCAGAUUCUUGUAAUAGAAGGAGAGACGGGGUCUGGAAAGACCACUCAAAUUCCGCAAUAUCUCCAUGAAGCUGGAUACAGCAAGCAGGGCAAGAUUGGUUGCACGCAACCUCGGAGGGUGGCAGCUAUGAGUGUUUCUGCACGAGUCGCUCAAGAGAUGGAUGUCAAACUUGGUCAUGAGGUUGGAUAUUCGAUUCGUUUUGAGGAUUGCACGUCUGAUACUACGAUAUUGAAGUAUAUGACGGACGGGAUGCUUCUUCGGGAGUUUUUGGGUGAACCGGAUCUCGCCAGCUACAGCGUUAUGAUGGUCGAUGAGGCACACGAACGAACGUUGUCAACUGAUAUUCUAUUUGGUCUAGUUAAGGAUAUUACGAGGUUUCGGCCAGACAUAAAGCUCCUAAUAUCGAGUGCUACCCUUGAUGCACAAAAGUUUUCUGAUUAUUUUGACGGAGCUCCCAUUUUCCGUAUACCAGGGCGACGGUUCCCAGUAGAUAUUUUGUAUACCAAAGCUCCAGAAGCUGAUUAUUUAGAGGCAGCUAUAGUGACAGUUCUGCAGAUUCAUGUGACACAACCACCAGGGGAUGUUCUAGUAUUCCUUACUGGUCAAGAGGAAAUUGAAUCAGCAGAGGAGAUUUUGAAACACCGAACUCGAGGGCUUGGCUCCAAAAUAGCUGAACUGAUCAUAUGUCCUAUCUAUGCUAAUCUUCCACCUGACAUGCAAGCUAAGAUUUUUGAAGAAACGCCUGAGGGGGCGCGGAAGGUUGUGUUGGCUACAAACAUCGCAGAGACAUCUCUAACUAUUGAUGGAAUCAAGUACGUGAUUGACCCUGGUUUUGUUAAACAGAAAAGCUACAGUCCUCGGACCGGUAUGGAGUCAUUGAUUGUUACUCCAAUAUCUCAGGCGGCCGCCCAACAACGAGCCGGUCGAGCUGGACGUACCUCUGCUGGGAAGUGCUUUCGUCUGUACACUGCAUGGUCGUUUCAAAACGAAAUGGAUGAAAAUACGAUUCCUGAAAUUCAGAGGACGAACCUUGGCAAUGUGGUUCUCUUACUGAAAAGUUUAGGCAUCAAUGAUCUCAUCAACUUUGACUUUAUGGAUCCUCCUCCUGCUGAGACUCUUUUGAGGGCUUUAGAGCAACUAUAUGCAUUAGGUGCAUUGAAUGAUCGUGGAGAGCUGACGAAGAUGGGAAGGCGAAUGGCAGAAUUCCCGAUGGACCCAAUGCUUUCCAAGAUGUUGGUUGCCUCCGAUAACUAUAAAUGCUCUGAGGAGGUCGUCACCAUCUGUGCGAUGUUGUCUAUCGGAAACUCCAUUUUCUAUCGCCCUAAAGACAAGCAAGUGCAUGCUGAUAAUGCACGCAUGAACUUCCAUGCAGGGAAUGUUGGAGAUCACAUUGCCCUUUUAAAGGUUUAUGAUUCUUGGAAGGAAACGAAUUACUCAACACAAUGGUGCUACGAAAAUUACAUCCAGGUACGAAGCAUGAAGCGAGCACGCGACAUUAGAGAUCAAUUGGAAGGUCUUCUGGAGAGGGUGGAAAUUGAGUCGAGUUCCAAUCCUAAUGAACUUGAUAACAUAAGGAAGGCCAUUACAUCUGGCUUUUUCUAUCACACAGCAAAACUUCAAAAGAACGGCACUUAUCGUACAGUAAAGAACCCCCAAACAGUGAGCAUACACCCAAGUUCUGGUCUUUCUCAGGUUUUACCAAGGUGGGUUGUGUACCAUGAGCUUGUUAUGACAACGAAGGAGUAUAUGCGACAGGUAAUUGAAAUCAAGCCAGAUUGGUUAGUGGAGAUUGCGCCUCACUACUACAAGCUCAAAGAUGUAGAAGACUCUGGUGCUCACAAAAUGCCCAAGGGAAAAGGGAGAGCUAGUUUGGAUUAGGCGUGGAAAUACCCUACAGUGCAGGGUCGUACUUAGAAGUCAUGGAUGCUGCACAUCUAGUUCAAGAGCCAGAUUAUUUGAAGAGUAAUUAUGGCGAACAGGAUUGGACUUGAGCGGGACCGUUGGUCUUUAUAUCAUUUACUGAGCCGAUAAAUGGAACUGAUUUUCGUAGUAAAACUAUGUACUUAUAGUUGGAGCUUCUUCAGAAGAUGACUGGAUGUCAAGGAUUUUUUUCAUCAAGCUUUGGAUAAUGAUAACUUCAGAGAUCACAAUUUUCUUCAAACACUAAUUGCAAUCAA